GCUACGACCAGCCACCUCAGCAGCUCAGUCCACUUGGUAAUCGGGCAGUUUUGCUUUAAAGAAUUGUAACAUCGAAGAGUUGCAAGAGUUGACCGUAUUUUCUCCUGCUACGAAAUAUCUAUAAGCUGCCUACCUUAGGUACCUAUAUACUACUUGCACCAACUGGGAGGUUGUUCACCACCUACUAUCGUUGCCACCGCUGCUUUUACCUGUUGUUGUUCCAGAAGGCGCUCUUACACGUAGCCCCAACCCCUGUUCGUCCUCUGUUCGUUCCUAUUAGGUUAGGUGUUACUGCUUCCCCAGCCCGCUAUUUUUCGAGGGCUGUAUUCCGCAACACUUCCAACCUUAACCUUUUCUCACUUCCAUUCAAAUCAUCCGUUAUCGAACUUACUUUGGUAUUUUGCUUAUAGGUGAUCUACGUAACUGCGACCAAGGUUUCUCGGAUCGCGUCUAGAUUUCUUGCGUCGUGAUUCGUAUUAUACCUUUGCUUACUCCACCGCUUCGCGCGUGGUAUGCCGGCCACGAUCUUGCGAUGAUCUUAUUUGAAUAAAUGUCGUCGUCGUACGAUUCUUCGAGAUCCCGCCGGAGGGGUGUCUGGGGCCACUGGGUUCCUAUUGUCGUUACCCUUACCGUCGCGACCGUCGGUGUCGCUGCUUGGGCAUGGAGCCAACGGAGUAACGAACGCGAAGACGAGGAGAGCGAUGUUGAGCCGGCCGAUCUCGACUACGAAAAUGCCGAUUAUGGCGAGAACCCCCCGUACGGCGCGACGUCGCGUCCUUCUAUUCGGCCUGAUGAUGUAGGCCACGGCGCGGGAGAAAUACAUCCAGAGGCAAGCGGCGUUUCUGCCGGAUGGGGCUCGCGACGUACACCAAGCCCGCAUCGUUUCUUUUCCAGCGCAAGCAAGACCGUUGCAGCAGGAGUGGCGGGAGUUGGCGCGGCCGUUGGUAGCGCCUUGGCUGCUAUUCGAGAUGAUGAUAAGGACGCAUAUGCCGACCACGAGACUUGGUCGGAGGAAGCCGAAGCUCGUAAGGAAAAGCCGGCCCCGCCUCAGCCUAGAGACUCGACUAGGCGCCGGAAAACGGUCGCGAUCGUGGUCUCGGCAAAUACGAAUACAAAUGAUCUUGAUGCGGAAGGCUUCCACGAGCAUGCUUCUAUCCUCUCCCAUAUACCUCGCAAUAUUGAUUUUUCUAAAAUCAAGCUGUUUGUCUUGAUCUAUGCACCCGGCCUCAAGGAUUCCGCCCUUGAAGCGUCGGCCAGUAACCUUCCUCCGGCAUCUUUGAGUUCAUCAUUCUCAAAUAUUGCGAAUGAGCAGAGUCAAACCCCAGGGGAGGAGGACAAAAGCCCAACUUUAAGCUCUAAUACGGCUAACACGCCCUUCCAAUUGGUGUAUUCGCAGGCCUCGGCCUUGGUAGAAAAGGAAGCGAUGAUCUUGCCGUUUACAUCCCCUAACGGCCACGUUCAUAUCCUUCGUCACCUACAACCCGAGGUAAUAUACCUCCAGGAAUCUCUAGCCGGAGACAACGGAGGUGUAAUUACCCAAUUGCAGACCUGGCUUAAGUACGACGUUAUUCUUGUCGUCGGAGCCGACGAUGGUCAUGGCGGGCUCGCAGAUAGCGAUUCGGAGGCCGAGAAACCGGAGAAGGAGACCGAAAAGAAGAAUGACCUAUGGUGGCAGCGGGAGGAACGGGUAGGACGAGGAAGAGGAGUGGUAGUGGUGGAUAGUCUAAGGGUUGGUGACGAUUGGGCGCGGCGGGUGCAAGGUAAGGAGUGAUGAUAUCUUGUAAGAUAUCACUCUACGAAUGGUGACACGAGCAGCAUGCAUGAACUGGUGAUUUUUCUUUACGAUUUCUAGAUGGAAUAUUGACGCUAGGUUACGCCAUGGUAGAUAUAUGAUUUACCGCUUCUAUAUCCUUGGGUUGGUUGCGCUUCAGUUGGGAAGUAAUAAAUAUGUUUUGGGGCUGCUGGACUUUACUAG